CCUGGAAAGGAAUUUGAAUUAGCAGUUUUUUCCCGAACCCCGUUUCGGCUCGGCGAACUGAUCUUUUAGAUCUCCUUUUCCAAGAUCUCUCUUCACUCUUCCUUUGAAUUUUGAUUUCAAACCCUAGCCCUACCCAAUUUGGCAACAGGCUUUCUUCUAGUGGGAAGCUGAAGGCUCUUUCCUCUAAGGUUGGUUGAUUGGACCAAAUUUUUCAAAAACAGAAAUCCUUUUCAGUCUAUUUGUAUGGAUCCGGAGGCUGCACAGACUGCCCGAGAAUCUCUUGAGCUGGCAUUUCACAUGUCAAACAUUCUUGACACAGGACUUGAUCGACGCACCCUUUCUGUCCUCAUUACUCUUUGUGACCUGGGUUUGAACCCUGAAGCACUGGCUGCUGUGGUGAAGGAACUUCGAAGAGAAUCCUGUUCCUCGUCCCCAAUGCCAGAGACUCCAUCAUCUGUUUCCUAGGCAGGUUUGUGGUGUAUUCUGAUAAUGGUCAAAGAAAGAAGAAAUUGUAGUUCACUUUUGUUUCAAGCAGGGUCCUUUGCAGAUACAGGUUUUCUUCUCCUUGUGGAAGUGAUUAUUCUCUGAGCUUUUAUUCUCUCACUUCAUAUCCACUGUUAUGUCUUGGCUUGUUCA